AUGGAAAACCCCUACGAACAGGUUCACCAGAACAUCCUAUCACGGAUCAUCAACAAUGUGGAGCGUCUGAACGAGAGUGUUGUGACGCUCAACCAGGAGCUGCAGCAUAUAAAUGCGCGUAACAGCAACCUGGAGAUAAUGGGCCAGAUGUGCGAGAACUACCACAAGAGCGUGCAGUUCAACAUGAGCGCCACGGGUCACAAGCAGUCACCGCUGUAA